ACAUUGGCCAGCAGACAAAUGACUUGAAGAGUCGGAAGAAGUAGAGUAGCUAAAUAAAGCAGUCCGAUCUGCUCCUCACUUCACCGUGUCAAAAAGCAGUGCGGCCACGUCGCGCGUGUGUGUGAGAGCAGGAGACCGAGGUAAAGACUGUAAACCCUGCCCGGCCUCUCAACGCUACAAGCAGCAUCUUCUGGAGGCAUCUGAACAGCUAGCUAGCCUGUUAGCUAAUUGUGUCAAUUGAUUAAAAAAAUGAACGGCCAUCAGGACGGUUUCCAUAACAACUCGCACAUUGAUGAGGACUGCUUCCUCUUCACGUCUGAAUCAGUCGGAGAAGGACACCCCGAUAAGAUCUGUGACCAAAUCAGUGAUGCCGUGUUGGAUGCACAUCUCAGACAGGAUCCUGAUGCCAAAGUAGCAUGUGAGACUGUUACUAAGACAGGGAUGAUCCUGCUGGCAGGGGAGAUCACCUCCAGGGCCAACGUUGACUACCAGAAGGUUGUCAGGGACACAAUCAAACACAUAGGCUACGACGACUCCUCCAAAGGCUUUGACUAUAAGACCUGCAAUGUGCUGGUGGCUUUGGAGCAGCAAUCCCCUGACAUUGCUCAGGGUGUUCACCUGGAUCGAAAAGAGGAGGACGUGGGAGCCGGUGACCAGGGUCUGAUGUUUGGAUAUGCCACUGAUGAGACUGAGGAGUGUAUGCCCCUCACUAUCAUCCUGGCUCACAAGCUCAAUGCCAGGAUGGCUGAGUUACGCCGAAAUGGAACGCUGCCGUGGCUCCGACCAGAUUCCAAAACUCAGGUGACUGUUCAGUACAAGCAGGAUCGAGGCGCCAUGGUGCCAUUGCGUGUCCACACCGUUGUGGUCUCUGUGCAACAUGAUGAGGGUGUAAGUUUGGACGAGAUGUGCCAUUGUCUGAAAGAGCAGGUGGUCAAAGCGGUGAUUCCUGAUGGGUACCUCGACGAUGAAACCAUAUACCACCUGCAGCCCAGUGGCCGCUUUGUUAUUGGAGGACCGCAGGUGAGACAAGAACGUCACAGUCGCAUCAAGAGAAUAAAGUUUUACAAACAUUUAAGGAAUUUAGAUUGCGUCUUGAGAUCUUGAAGCUAACUUACAUUC